AUGUCUGGGAAACGGAGCCGAGCGCGGAAGCCCCGGGCCAGGAGGGCGGGCAGGGCCCAGCAGGCUCCGGGGCAGCAGGGCCCUGAGGCCCAGCCCCCGCCCCCCCACGCAGCGGGCCCUCUGGACCAGACAGGGGUGGCCCUUGCCGGGCACGUGACCGGCAGCCAGCCAGCUGCCCGGGGGCAUCCCGAGGCGGCCAGGCCAGAGCGGCCACAGGCAGCGGAGAGGCCAGUGCCGGCCGCGGCUCCGGGGUCCGAGCUGGUGCCAGUCCCCGCGGCGGACAUGGAGGAUGGCCGGCCGGGGGGCCGCACGCACAGCCUGGGCGCCGAGCUGCUGAGGCUGCAGGAGGUCCAGCUGUGCCUGGCCCAGGAGCAGCAGCUGCUGGCGGACCGCCGCCGGCAGGCCCAGCUGCAGAUGCAGCUGUGGCGGGAGGAGCAGCUGUGGCUGCAGCAGCUGCAGGAGGAGCAGCUGUGGCUGCAGCAGCUGCAGGAGGAGCAGGCCUGGGUGCGCAUGGAGGGGCUGGAGCUGGCCGUGGCCCUGGAGCAGCUCCAGAGCGAGGGCCUUGAGGUACUGCAGACCCAGGGCCAGGCCCCCGGCCUCAACAUGGCCCGCCGUUCCCAGAGUUCCUCACAGGGAGACAACCCCCUGGCGCCAGGGUACCUGCCGCCUCACUACAAGGAGUACUACCGCCUGGCCGUGGACGCCCUGGCCGAGGGCGGGCCCGAGGCCUACAGCCGCUUCCUGGCGGCCGAGGGGGCGCCCGCCUUCCUGUGUCCCGAGGAGCUGGACCACGUGAGCCGCCACCUGCGGCCCCCACAGUAUGUCGCCCCGGAGCCCCCCGAAGGCAGCCCGCCCAACGUGGACAUGGAUGGCUCCUCGGGCACCUACUGGCCCGUGAACUCAGACCAGGCGGUGCCUGAGCUGGACCUGGGCUGGCCGCUGACCUUCGGCUUCCAGGGCACGGAGGUCACAACGCUGGUGCAGCCACCGCCCCCCGACAGCCCCAGCAUCAAGGACGAGGCCCGGAGGAUGAUCCGCUCCGCCCAGCAGGUGGUGGCCGUGGUGAUGGACAUGUUCACCGACGUGGACCUCCUGAGCGAAGUGCUGGAGGCUGCCGCGCGCCGCGUCCCCGUCUACAUCCUCCUGGACGAGAUGAACGCGCAGCACUUCCUGGACACGGCAGAGAAGUGCCGCGUCAACCUGCACCACGUGGACUUCCUGCGGGUGCGCACGGUGGCGGGCCCCACCUACUACUGCCGCACGGGCAAGUCCUUCAGGGGCCACGUGAAGGAGAAGUUCCUCCUGGUGGACUGCGCCGUGGUGAUGAGCGGGAGCUACAGCUUCAUGUGGUCCUUCGAGAAGAUCCACCGCAGCCUGGCGCACGUGUUCCAGGGGGAGUUGGUGUCCAGCUUCGACGAGGAGUUCCGCAUCCUCUUCGCGCAGUCGGAGCCUCUGGUGCCCUCGGCCGGGGCCUUGGCCCGCAUGGACGCUUAUGCCCUGGCUCCGUACUCCGGGGCAGGGCCCCUGAUGGCCAGUCAGAUGACCGGGGCGCCCACUCCUUUCUCCUUCCCCAAACGCGCGCACCUCCUCUUCCCACCGGCCCGGGACGAGGGCCUCGGCUUCCCCUCCUUCCUGGACCCUGACCGCCACUUCCUGUCGGCCUUCCGCCGGGAGGAGCCGCGGAUGCCCGGGGGCGCCCUGGAGCCGCACAUGGGGCUGCGGCUGCCAUCACGAAGGUGGGACGCGGAGGCCGGGCCCGGCGCCGAGCUCGCGGGCCCGCGGGGCUUCUUCCAGGCCCGGCAGCUGGAGAUGGACUCCUUCAAGCGCCACAGCUACGCGGCCGCCGACGGCGGGGGCGCCGUGGAGAACUUCGCGGCCGCGCGGCAGGUGUCCCGCCAGACAUUCCUCGCCCACGGGGACGACUUCCGCUUCCAGACCAGCCACUUCCACCGCGACCAGCUCUACCAGCAGCACUACCAGUGGGACCCGCAGUUCGCCCCGGGCCGCCCGCAGGGCCUGUUCGAGAAGCUGCGCGCCGGCCGCCCGGGCUUCGCGGACCCCGAGGACUUCGCCCUGGGCGCCGGGCCGCGCCUCCCGGAGCUGGGCCUGGACACCCACCAGCGGCUGGACUACGUGCCGUCCAGCGAGUCGCGCGAGGUCCGCCAUGGCUCAGACCCGGCCUUCGGGCCCCGGGGCCUGGAACCCAGUGGGGCCCCGCGCCCUAAUCUGGGCCUACGCUUCCCCUGCCAGGCAGCGGCGAGGCUGGGCCCGGAGGCGGGGCUGCAGGCAGAGCCCGAGCGCAGGGCGGGGCCGGAGGGGCGGGCGGGGCUGAGGCACUGGCGCCUGGCCUCCUACCUGAGCGGCUGCCACGGGGAGGACGCGGGGGACGAGGGCCUGCCGGGGCCCAUGGAGUCCGAGGCCUAUGACGACGACGUGCUGGUGUCCGGGGGCCGGGCGGCCGCCGGGGACCUGCUGCCCUCGUCUUUCCGCGGGCCCUCCGCCUUCCCGGCCAAGGGCUCCGGCGGCGGGGGCGGCGGGGGCGGCGAGGGCGCGGAGCGCGAGGGCCCGGAGGAGGCCGGCCUGGCCAAGCAGGACUCCUUCCGCUCGCGCCUGAACCCGCUGAUCCAGCGCAGCUCCCGGCUCCGCUCCUCGCUCAUCUUCGCGGCACAGGCGGAGGGCACGGGCGGGGCCGCCACCGAGAAGGUGCAGCUGCUGCACAAGGAGCAGGCGGUGCACGAGGCGGUGGGCCCCGGGGGCGAGGCCGUGCGCUCCGCCGCCUCCACCAAGGUGGCCGAGCUCCUGGAGAAGUACAAGGGCCCCGCGCGCGACGCCAGCGGCGCCCCGGCCACCGCCGUCACCGCCUCCAGCCACAGCAAAGCCGUCCUGUCCCAGGCGUGGCGGGAGGAGGCGGGGGCCGCGGGGGCCGAGCGGCGCAGCCUCGAGAGCUGCCUGCUGGACCUCCGCGACUCCUUCACGCAGCGGCUGCACCAGGAGGCCGAGCGGCAGCCCGGGGCCGCCACGCUCACGGCCGCCCAGCUGCUCGACACGCUGGGCCGGAGCGGCCCCGGCCCCGACAGGCUGCCCUCCCGCUUCCUCCUGACCCAGGGCCUCUCCUCUUCCCUGCAAGGGCAGGACGGCCCCCCGGUGGACGCGCCCCACUCGGAGCCAAAAGGGAACCCCACCUCGGCCUACCCCGAGCGGAAGGGGAGUCCUACUCCUGGGUUUCCCACCCGCAGAGGUAGCCCGACCGCAGGAUUGCCUGAGCGCCAGGGCAGCCCCACCGCCGCCUACCCCGAGCGCAGGGGCAGCCCGGUGCCCCCCGUGCUAGAGCGCAGGGGCAGCCCGGUACCCCCCGUGCUAGAGCGCAGGGGCAGCCCGGUGCCCCCCGUGCCCGAGCGCAGGGGCAGCCUCACCCUCGCCCUCGCGGGAGAGGCCCAGAAGGCCGGGCCCGCGGAGGAGACGCCCACCGGCCCCAUGGAGGUGCUGCGCAAGGGCUCCCUGCGCCUCCGGCAGCUGCUGAGCCCCAAGAGUGAGCGGCGCGCGGAGGAUGAGGGCGGCUUCCCGGCGCCGCAGGAGAACGGGCAGCCCGAGAGCCCCCGGCGGCCCUCGCUGAGCCGCGGAGACAGCACGGAGGCUGCCGCUGGGGAGGAGCGGAGCCCGCGGGCCCGCAUGGCCUCAGCCACGGCCAACGCCUUGUACAGCAGCAACCUGCGCGACGACACCAAAGCCAUCCUGGAGCAGAUCAGCGCCCACGGCCAGAAGCACCGCGGGGCCCCCAGCCCCUCCCCGGCCCACAGCAGCCCGGAGCUGGGCCGCCCCCCGGCUGCCAGCGGCCUGGCCCCUGACAUGUCCGACAAGGACAAGUGCUCGGCCAUCUUCCGCUCGGACAGCCUGGGGACCCAGGGCCGGGUGAGCCGCACGCUGCCCGCCAGCGCCGAGGAGCGCGACCGGCUGCUGCGACGCAUGGAGAGCAUGCGCAAGGAGAAGCGCGUCUACAGCCGCUUCGAGGUCUUCUGCAAGAAGGAGGAGGCGGGCGGCCCUGGCGGGGGCGCAGGGGAGGGCGCGGCGGAGGAGGACGCCAGGGACAGCAAGGUGGGCAAGUUCAUGCCCAAGAUCCUGAGUUCAUUCAAGAGCAAGAAGUGA